CCCGAUCUCCAGCGGUCUCGCCCCCCUGAGUGCGGGUCCGUGUGUCGUUUGACGCCUUUCUCGGCUGUGGUCUGAGUUGAUUCUCCUGUCAGUGCGGGUCGGGUCGGGUCUCUGCCCCAGGCCGGCUGUGCUCGGGAUGCUGCCGGCUCUGUCCAUCUGUAACGGCAGCUCCACCAACUGCAGCCGUUCACAGCUGUUGCUACCCAGCUUCUCCACGGCGUCGGCCAUCAGAGUGCUGCUCACCCUGGCCAUGGCCGGCAUCUCCUCGUCUCUCAAUGUGUACGUGUUACUGGGCGCGCUGCGGGCUCGCCGCUCACAUAUCCGCACAUUACUGGUGAACCUGUGCGGUGCCGACCUGCUGGUCACCGCGUUGGUCAUGCCCAUGGAUGCCUGCUGGAACUACACGGUGCAGUGGGCGGCCGGAGCCGCCGCUUGUAGACUCCUCAUGUUCCUCAAACUCUUCGCCAUGUACUCCUGCGCCCUCGUCACUCUCGUUAUCAGCCUAGACCGCUACUGUGCCGUCGUCCGCCCGCUCUCUAUCGGCCUGGCAGCCCGCAGGAACCGAGCCAUGCUGGCCGCAGCCUGGAUGUCCAGCGGAGUUCUGGCCGCUCCACAGCUUGUCCUUUUCCGCACAGUCUCCAUUUCCGUGCCCGCUCCAUUCACCCAGUGCGUGACUCACGGCAGCUUCCCUCAACCCUGGCACGAGACGCUCUACUUCCUCUUCACCUUCCUCUGGCUCUUCCUGCUGCCCCUCAUAAUCAUGGUCUUCUGUUAUGCCAGCAUUUUCAUAACAAUCACAAGGAAAACCAUUCUAAAUGGAAAAUGUAGGUAUUUACUUGCUCCCUACUGACCUACCAACAAUAAUAUAUUGAUGCAAUUCUACAAUUUAAGUUC